AUGAUAAUACUUAAUAGUUCACCAAAUCCAAAUUUAUAAGGUCAAUAUGGAUUAGAUCACAGCUCAAGGUUAGAGAAAGCUGAACAGAACCAAUUAAAAUACUAUGUGAAUGCUUAUGAUUGUGAAUACUUCAUUUAAUUGAGCAUUAUAAGCAAUUUGGUUCCAGUCAUUUUAUAGAAACUUAAGGAUGAUAGCUGGAAAAUCGAAUUGAUUCAUAUUGGAUAUAUACCCCCUCCCUCUAAAGACUAUGAUCCAGACGCGCUCUUGCAAUAGGUUUUAUGUGAGAUCCUAAAUCCAAAGGAAGAGAGUAAGAAACUCGAUAUAUCUCAGGAGAUAACCAUUACUUAUUACUAAGAGGAUUUGUGA